AUCCUCAUCAUCCCUGGAAAACGCAGGAACCCUAAUUUUCUGAGAGUUCGAUUAGAAGCGAAGACGAUGUCAGGGAGGGAAGUUAAAGAAUACACAAAUCUCUCCGACCCUAAAGAUAGGAAACUAGGGAAGGGGGGUAAGAUAGAUGAUGAAGAUGUCACCUUUCAACGGAUGGUUGCAAAGGGAUAAUGGCCCCUGCCAACUUUUUUUUGUGGUUAUUUGCAUUUAGAUGCAAGAUGUUGCUGGUGAGCGUGGAGGCUAUCUUCAUGGAAGAGGCGCUUUGGACAGCGACGAUUUACUUUAUUUGAAAGAGCAGAUGGAGGCAGAGCAGGAUGCAGAGCGCCUUCUGAGACGAACUGAGAAGAGGGCUUUUGCUGCCUUUAAAAAAGCUGCAACCCAAGCUGAUUCAUCUCCAGCAUCUAUUCCUUUGCCACUUCGUGUUGAGACCAAACCAAAGAGUGGUAUCAGGCAGCAAGAUUUGCUGAGAAGGGUUGUUGAGGUUAAACCAAAGCGACCAAAGGUCUCUACGACCUCAAGUGCAGAAAGAAGCGAUAUAGGUCCAACAGAAGCAAAGGUUCAAAGAGAUAAGCAGAAAGAAGAAGCUAAUGCAGUGUCAAAGAAACUGGACAGACCUGAGGAGGAGCAACCCAGAGGGAAAGCAGCAGAAAGCAAUGUGCAAGGUCAAAAUGCUUUGAAAGGCUUGCUGGGAUUAGCAUAUGAGUCUUCAGAUGAAGAAGACUGAGAGGAGUGAUGAACACUGAACAGGGUUCUUUCUCCAUUUAGUCUCGUCGCGUUUUGUUUUUGCCGUCUCCAAUAUUUAUGUUGAAAGCUUAUAAGAGUUUAGCUUUAAUGUUCAAGACAGCCCGUGGAGCCCUGCACUUGUUGUAAUUUGUUGAGAUCAAACGGGUUUGUUGGAGUUUGAAAUAGAGAAUUGUUUCCGAAACCAUACGGUUGUCAUGUUAUGUUAGUAAGAGCUCAUGAUGUCAAACGUACAAAUUUACAUGAAGAAAAUGGGAAGAGAAGGCUAAAUUAACUAGGUGAUCAUGAGUUGAACAAACUUCUGGCUAUCAGAGCUUUCAGGCUUCCAAGUGCCUGUAUUGCAGAAAUUGAGAGGUUAUGUUCGGCUUUCUUGUGGUCAGGGCCGGACAUGAAAAGGUUGCUUGGGUGGAUGUAUGUAAACCAAAACAUGUAGGGGGACUAGGCAGGCACUCCAUCUCUAAAGGUGGUAAAUAUGGUCAGUUGCCUUAAGCUUAUAUGGUGGUUGUGUUCGGCGAAGUCGCUGUGGAUGCAAUGGAUACAAAUGUAUCUUAUUCGAAAGAAUUUGUUAUGGUCUUUACUUUGAGGGAAACUUCCCAAGCUGGAUCAUGGUUGUGGAGGAAAAUUUUAAAUGCUCGAGAACUGGCUAAAGCUUUUCACACAUUAGAAAUGGUGUAACCACUUUUUUUUUGGUUUGAUUGUUGGACUGACAUGAGCAGAUUACAUGACAUUAUUGGAAACAGAGGUGUUACAUUGACAUUGACAUGGGCAUAGCAGAAACAGCAACAGUGGAAGAUGUCAUUAACACCCACAGGCAGAUAAGGCAUCGAGUCUCGGGCUUAAAUCAAGUGGAGGAUGAAAUAGAUUAGAGGAGGCAAACAAGGGUUGAGGUAGAGGAUAUUCAGAUAUGGAGACAAAAUGAAAAUAAGUAUAGCAACAAAUUCUCAUAUAAGAACACUUGGCAGCAAAUAAGAUAGAAGUGACCACAGUUUAUUCUUGGAGUAAGAGUAUCUGGUUUGCGAAUAGAACACCAAAGUAGGCCUUCUUAAUGAGUGGAAUUUUGGGUGAUGACUGACUAUACUACUACUAGUAAUUUAAUGGAAGCUCUAAUAAAGGAAUCAACAUCAAGCCGGAUAAAACUCUUUAUUACAAUACAAGGUAUGCUGCUUUCCAGGCGGCUGCAGUCCACUGUAUAUGGCGUGAAAGAAUUAACCGGAGACAUGGAGAGGAUCCUUCACCUCCUCUCAGACUUGAGAAGCAUAUGGACAGGAGAA